AUGAGCUACGACGCAUAUCCAAUGCGGCCCGGCCAGGUUCGUGGACAGCGCCAGCAGCGAUCCUACCAACUUUCUGAUGACCCUUCGAGACAACCCAACAUGCCCUACGCCAACCCUAUGGGCGGCUACGGCAGCUCCACUAACAUGCACCCGGAGAACCCCUUCUAUGCAGGCGAGAACCCAAGCUUCCAGACCCUUGCUCCUGGCACCUCGGAAGGACACGCAACCUACUCAUACGAGGAAGACAAGAUUCCUCUCACAGAUUCUGCAGACGAAAAGUAUGGCUUUUCUGGUGCCAGCAACAGCACUUACAACUUGCCCCCUCCGAGUGGCUUCCCCACUGCAGCGCCGUACGGAGGUCCAUCCUCGUACUCCUCCGACCUUGGUCCGGAAGACAGUGCCAGUCAGGUUGCUUGGGCCGAGCGUCAGCAAGCUCCUAAGCGAGGUCUCACCAAGAAAGUCAAGCUCACGCGAGGUCACUGGAUCGUAGACCACCCCGUUCCUACCGCUGUCAAGAACUCUGCCGAACCCAAGUGGGCUCAAAGUAGCCGCACCCAAGAGUUCUCACACAUGCGUUACACUGCGGCUACCUGCGAUCCUGACGAGUUCACACUCGAGAAUGGAUGGAGCUUGCGAACAUCCCAGCAGUACGGACGUGACACGGAGCUGCUCAUUGCCAUCACUUACUACAACGAAGACCGCAUCCUGCUUGCACGAACUCUUCACGGUGUCAUGCUCAACAUCCGCGAUAUUUGCAAGAGCAAGACUUCCAAGUUCUGGAGACGAUCCGCCGAAGAAGGCCGACCAGGUUGGCAGCGAAUCGUCGUCAGUCUCAUCUUUGACGGUAUCGACCCAUGUGACAAGGAGGUGCUCGACCUUCUCGCCACCGUCGGUGUCUACCAGGAUGGUAUCAUGAAGCGGAAAGUCGAUGGCAAGGACACUGUCGCCCAUCUCUUCGAGUACACCACUCAGCUUUCAGUUGACCCCACUCCUGCUCUCAUUCAGCCCCACGAUGAUGACGCCUCCAACCUUGUUCCUGUCCAGAUGAUCUUCUGUCUCAAGCAGAAGAACAGCAAAAAGAUCAACAGUCAUCGUUGGCUCUUCAACGCCCUUGGUCGACAUCUCCAACCCGAACUCUGCGUCCUCAUCGAUGCUGGUACCAAGCCUGGUCACAAGUCGCUCUACUACCUAUGGGAAGCCUUCUACAACAACGCCAACCUCGGCGGUGCUUGUGGUGAGAUUCAUGCCAUGAUCAAGAACGGUCGCAAGCUCAUCAACCCCCUCGUCGCUGCCCAGAACUUUGAGUACAAGAUGUCCAACAUUCUCGACAAGCCUCUCGAGUCCACUUUUGGAUACGUCAGUGUGCUUCCCGGUGCAUUCAGUGCCUACCGAUUCCGUGCAAUUCAGGGCAUACCGCUGCAACAGUACUUUCACGGUGACCACACUCUAGCCGACAGACUGAGCAAGAAGGGUUUGCAUGGCAUGGACAUCUUCACGAAGAACAUGUUCUUAGCCGAAGAUCGUAUUCUCUGCUUCGAGCUUGUCGCCAAGGCAGGAGACAGGUGGACGCUGACGUAUGUCAAGCCAUCGAAGGGUGAAACAGAUGUGCCCGAAGGUGCUGCCGAGCUGAUCUCACAGCGUCGACGAUGGCUCAACGGUUCUUUCGCUGCUUCCAUCUACUCGCUCGUUCACUUCUUCCGCAUCUACAAGUCGAAUCACGGCAUCAUUCGUCUCUUCUUCUUCCAUCUUCAGGCUCUUUACAAUGCUUUCGUGCUCAUCUUCUCUUGGUUCGCUCUCGCCAACCUCUGGCUCACCUUCUCCAUCAUCAUCGAGUUCUUGCCCGACGAACUCCUCAGGGGUUCUUCGCAAACCACGCUCAUCAUCUUCCACUGGUUUAACCAAGCCGCCAAAUGGAUCUAUGUCUUUUUCCUCGGUCUGCAAUUCGUUCUUGCGCUAGGUAACAGGCCGAAGGGUGAAAAGACAACUUACAUUAUCUCGUUUAUCGUCUUUGGUAUCCUCGGUCUGUACCUGAUCUUCACUUCACUCUGGUUGACAAUCAAGGCGUUGAUUGCGACGGAGCUAUCGGGCAACUUGUGGCACACGCUCUUCAAUCAGACCACAGGUGUGCUGAUCGCGGCACUAGCUGCGACGUUUGGUAUCUAUCUGAUCGCCUCGAUUCUGUACGCUGAUCCUUGGCACAUGAUCACCUCGUUCCCCCAGUACAUGCUGAUUGCUCCUUCGUUCAUCAACAUUCUCAACGUCUAUGCUUUUUGCAACUUGCACGAUGUCAGUUGGGGAACAAAAGGAUCGGACAAAGCUGAUGCCCUGCCAACAGUCGACACCAAGAAGGACAAGAACACCGAGCCUGGUACUGUAGAGGAAAUUGAACGACACCAGGACGAUAUCGAUGAGACGUUCAAGUCGGUCGUUUCGCGAGCCGUGGCACCUUACAAGCCCCAGGAAACGAUCGAAAUGCCAACGAUGGACGACAGCAACAAGACUUUCCGUACUCGUCUUGUUGCGUUCUGGCUGCUCACCAACGGUGCCUUGACUGUGGCAAUCGAGAACGUCAACGGCGUGAACAAUGGCUUGACCUCGAAGCAGAUUGAGCAAGAGCAAAACAACAAGCAGUCGACGUACUUCAAGAUCAUCUUGUGGGCCACAUUUGGACUGUCGGCUUUCCGUUUCGUGGGAUGCGUGAUCUACUGGCUCAAGCGUAACUCUACUCGAUGCUUCCGUAAGACUUAA